AGUGUUUUUCAGAGUGUAGCUAGAUAUUCUCGAUCUCUUCAGUGUUUUUCAGACUGUAAAUGGAGGGCCGGAAUGAUGAAACCCCUGACAGGGAAACUCUGUCGUUAACGAAGUUGUUACCUUGCAGGGAGUCGCAGAUUAAACUGUUAACUACAUUGUUUGGAAAGAGAGGUGAUAUGACAGUUCCUGCUUUAUUUGUGUAUGGACACACAGCCACAGGGAAGUCUGCUGUCAUCAAUUCUGUCCUCAAAACUCACAAGUUGCCGCAUGUCCUGGUGAACUGUGUGGAGUGCUACAGCUCGGGGUUUCUGUACGAGGCAGUCCUGUGUGCUCUAUACACCUGUCAAGGUUCCCAGAAAUCAGACGCACCUGUCAGGUGUGACAACAUGAAUGACUUUGUUCGACUUUUCCGCCAAACCUGUGUGAACCUCGAUCUCCUUAACGAAACUGUAUAUAUUGUACUAGAUAAAGCGGAACGUUUGAGAGAAAUGGAUGCCAACAUUUUACCGGCGUUUCUACGAUUACAAGAACUGGUUGAUGGCAAUGUGUGCAUGAUCAUGUUGAGUGAAAUUGUGUGGGAAAAAUUUCAAUGUGGCACAGGUUUUCAGGAACCUUAUGUUGUGCAUUUCCCAGACUAUAACAAAGAUGAAUUGCUGAGGAUCUUGAUGAGAUCCGCACCAGCUGAGUUCUCUGAGGAUCUCUAUCAGAUGUAUCUCAGUCUCGUACUCAGUGUGUUCCACAUCGUAUGUCGCAAUCUCAGCGAGCUUCAGCACUUGGCAGCCAUUAAUUUCAAGAAGUACAUUGAACCAAUAAAAAAUGGAGAAGCAACAGAGAGUGACAAUCGUAAACUAUGGAAAAACUUUGAGCCUCACUUAAAAAAAGCAUUGCAGACUGUGUAUCUCAGAGAAGUUUCAAGCACACAGUGGGAGAGAAUGUUAGAGGAAUCAGACAUGGGAAAGAUGAUCACACAGCAAGGGCUUAGCUCCAGGACUCAUGUAGAACUGCCUUAUUAUUCCAAGUACCUGCUGAUAGCUGCCUAUCUAGCCUCCUAUAACCCUGCUAGAUCCGACAAAAAGUUCUUCUCAAAGCAUUCGGACAAAAAAAAGAAACCUAAGGUUGUCAGGAAGCAGGAGAGGACAAACAACCAUGUAUUGGGUCCUAAGCCAUUUCCUCUGGACCGACUAAUGGCCGUGUUUUAUGCAAUUGUGGAGGGAAAAGUGGCACCCACAGCCAACAUCUUCAUGCAGAUUACUUCUUUAGUGUCGGUCCAUCUGUUGGCCCAGGUAGCAGGCAAUGAUCAGAUAGACGUACCAAAGUAUAAAUGUCUUGUCUCCUUCGAUUUCAUCAAAUCUGUUGCCAGGACUGUGAACUUCGAUGUUGUUCGAUACCUGUAUGACUUCGUCUGACAGAUUCCUUCAGAAUGUUGACCAGGGAGUCAAGGGGCGUGGCGUGUAUCGAUCUCAGAAGACAGGACCCUCUGAUACUUCAUCUGUUUGCAUAUUUUGUUAUCAGUUGUGAAGAAGAUGGCACGAAUUGAAAUGUUACGAUAUAUCUUGAGAUGUCACUCGCAUCUAGGAAAUGGAUUCGUGGAUUAUCUGAGAUGUGCGCUUGUAGUCAGCUUUAGUGACAUUACAUUCAUUUGAGGAAACCUGAAGCCGUGUAUGUGGUGACUGAUUGUAGCAAAUGAUUCCUUGAUGAAGAGUGUCACAUUUGAUGUACUCUGUCAGCGAUGUGUUCUGUUAACUUUGUAGAUAAGAAUGUGUUGAUAUUAUGUGUACGCAGAUAAAGUAGGCCCUUGUUAUUUUUUUUUUUAAUCUUAAACAGUUAUGACAAAGAGUUUGCAUGACAGAUCCAAAAUCAAAACGAAUGAAACGGAGAACUCAUUUCAGUAAAGUACAGAUAGUUCCCAAUUUACACUGAAAAUGUUGAGUGCCGAGCACUUGUAGAAGUCGUAAUGAUUGGCGUAAAAAGGUUUAUACUAAAUUACAGUUGUAAUAUAUCUA